GUCGCCACAGAGCCUCCUAUAUAAAGAGGUUCCGAACGCCUGUCUGUCUUCGACCAUUUCUUCUGCGCCUCUCUUCUAUCUGUUGUUCUCAAUUAAUUUCCUCUCUCGUUGUGCUCGUAUUGAUUGCCAUGGCAACUGGAAAGAUCAAGAUCGGAAUAAACGGUUUUGGAAGGAUUGGAAGGCUUGUAGCCAGGGUUGCGCUUUUGAGUGAAGAUGUGGAGCUGGUGGCUGUCAACGAUCCGUUCAUCACCACUGAAUACAUGACAUACAUGUUCAAGUAUGAUACUGUGCACGGGCAAUGGAAACAUCAUGAAAUAAGCGUGAAGGACUCCAAGACCCUUCUCUUUGGAGAUAAACCUGUUACAGUCUUUGGCGUCAGGAACCCUGAGGAGAUCCCAUGGGGUGAGGCUGGCGCUGACUAUGUUGUGGAGUCCACUGGUGUCUUUACCGACAAGGACAAAGCAGCUGCUCACCUGAAGGGCGGUGCCAAGAAGGUUAUCAUCUCUGCACCAAGCAAAGAUGCUCCAAUGUUUGUUGUUGGUGUUAAUGAGCAUGAGUAUAAAGCUGAUAUCGAUAUUGUUUCCAAUGCUAGCUGCACAACCAAUUGUUUGGCUCCCCUUGCAAAGGUCAUUCAUGACAGGUUUGGCAUUAUUGAGGCCUUGAUGACUACCGUGCAUGCAAUCACUGCCACUCAGAAGACUGUUGAUGGUCCAUCAAGCAAGGACUGGAGGGGUGGAAGAGCUGCUAGCUUCAAUAUCAUUCCUAGCAGCACUGGAGCUGCCAAGGCUGUUGGGAAGGUUCUCCCUGCGUUGAAUGGGAAAUUGACUGGUAUGGCCUUCCGUGUACCGACUGUGGAUGUUUCAGUUGUUGAUCUUACCGUGAGGAUUGAGAAGGCGGCCACCUAUGAGGACAUUAAGGCUGCUAUAAAGGAAGAAUCCGAGGGAAAGCUUAAAGGUAUCAUUGGCUACGUUGAUGAGGAUCUUGUGUCAACUGAUUUCUUGGGUGACAGCAGGUCGAGCAUCUUUGAUGCCAAGGCUGGAAUUGCUUUGAAUGAUAAUUUUGUGAAGAUCGUGGCUUGGUAUGACAACGAAUGGGGCUACAGCAACCGGGUUGUUGAUCUUAUCCGCCACAUUGCCAGCAAGAAGUAGAUUAACGAAAAGUCCGGCGACUCCCCUCACUACUACCGCAUUAUAAUUUGGCGUUCCUUUGUAUCGUUUGAUGUGUUUUUGUGAGAAUAAAUCUUGAGGUUAAGAACCGAGGGACAUCGUAGUUUCUUUUUUCUCGUAAUGAUCUGGGCAAUGAGAUGCCUGCCUGUAUUUUGUUUGAGGUUUUGAUAAGAGACCCUCUGCUAUUUGUGCAGCAUUUUAUUCCUGUCUGUUUGUGUUUGCACUUCUUAUUAUUUGAUAACGAAGUUUUAUGUUAUUUCUAGUUAUUUUUAAA